CAAAUCCUUUAAAAUCCGAUCAAAUGAAGUCUCAUUCUCACUUUUGAAAACAACCUAUAGUUAUUACAAGCAAGUUCAGCCAUCUUUUGACCAAACACAAACCACUCCAACAAUGGCUUCCUCAUCAGAAACCUCCUCAACCAACCUCCCCUUGAAACCAAUCCCAGGAAGCUACGGUCUUCCCAUCAUCGGACCCCUCCAUGACAGACAUGACUACUUCUACAACCAAGGACGUGACAAAUACUUCCAAACCAGAAUCGAAAAAUACAACUCCACUGUCCUCAAACUCAACAUGCCACCAGGUGGUUUCAUCGCUCCAGACCCAAAAGUCAUCGCUCUUCUCGACGGUGCUUCCUUCCCCAUCCUCUUCGACAACGCCAAAGUCGAAAAACGUGACGUCCUCGACGGUACUUUCAUGCCUUCCACUGAUUUCUUCGGUGGUUACCGUACCUGUGCUUUUCAAGAUACAGCUGAACCUUCCCAUAGCCUCCUCAAACGCUUCAUCUUCCACAUCCUUUCAUCAAAACACGACACUUUCAUUCCACUCUUUCAAACUAACCUAACUGAACAUUUCACCGAUCUUGAAAAAGAACUCGCUGGAAAACAUCAAAAAGCUAGCUUCAACACUUCCAUUGGAGGCAUAACCUUCAACUUCCUCUUCAAACUCAUCACUGACAAAAACCCUAGCGAAACUAAAAUUGGUGACUCUGGUCCAACCCUAGUUCAAACAUGGCUUGCAGCUCAGCUAGCUCCUUUAGCUACAGCUGGUUUACCAAAAAUCUUCAACUACCUUGAAGAUGUUCUCAUCAGAACUAUUCCGAUCCCGGCAUGGACAGUGAAGUCUAGCUACAAUAAACUCUACGAAGGUUUAAUGGAAGCUGGAACAACUGUACUUGAUGAAGCUGAAAAAAUGGGCAUAAAAAGAGAAGAAGCUUGUCACAACCUUGUCUUCACGUUAGGGUUCAACGCUUUUGGUGGUUUAACAAACCAGUUUCCGAUCUUGAUCAAGUGGGUUGGAUUAGCUGGUGCUGAUCUACACAAAAAACUUGCUGAUGAAAUCAGGGCUAUUGUUAGAGAAGAAGGUGGGGUGAAUUUAUAUGCGUUGGAUAAGAUGACUUUGACUAAAUCAACGGUGUAUGAAGCUUUAAGAAUUGAACCUGCUGUUCCAUAUCAAUAUGCUAAAGCUAGGGAGGAUCUAGUGGUGCAGAGCCAUGAUGCAUCUUUUGAGAUCAAGAAAGGUGAAAUGAUCUUUGGAUAUCAACCGUUCGCUACAAAAGAUGCUAAGAUCUUUGACAAACCUGAGGAUUUUAUUGCUGAGAGGUUUAUUGGCGAUGGAGAGAAGCUGUUGAAACAUGUGUUUUGGUCCAAUGGACGUGAGACUGAUGAGGCUACACCUGAUAAUAAAAUCUGUCCUGCUAAGAAUCUGGUGGUGCUCUUGUGUAGGUUGUAUUUGGUGGAAUUCUUCUUGAAUUAUGAUACUUUUACCUUUGAUUUUAAACCAUCUGUUUUGGGUCCCACUAUUACCAUCAAGUCACUUGUUAAGGCUUCAUCCACCGUCUGAUCAGUGAUCAUCAUUGAUCCUUACAAGACCUACCUGCAUUUCUAUGGAUUGAGUAAUGUUUUUUUAUGUUAUGUUAAUGUUAAUCAUGUAGUUACAUUAAAUAAAGUUCUUUUUCUGGGUGGGAACUGCACUUAUUGGUAUUGGAAGGAUCGCUGGGUUUGUUUAAUUUAUUUAUUGCUUUGUGUGUGACUGCUAUUUAUUUAUAUUUUGCAGAGUGACAUGUUUACAUUAUGGUUACUAAAUUGUUUUCCUGAAACUUUUUUUAUCAGAAAAACGAGCAUUUCACUCAA